AAUUGAUGUGUGAUCCUAUAAUUAGUGAGCAAUAUUAUUUCAAUGAGUACUUAUAUAUUGUCAAAUCUAUAUAGUUCAUGUGAUGUGAAUGCUAAUUAGAUUGAAUUUUCUGGAAUAACAGAUCCCUUUUUAAGAAAUUAGAAUUAAAAACGAUAAGAAUUUCCAAAAAUACAAAUUUUUGAAGAUGUUGACAAUGUGAAUAAAAAUUAUGGACCGAAUUAGAUUUAAUUAGAAGAAAUAAGAAUGGAUAGGCUGAAAAUUAUGAAUGAUAGCUCUGUAGAAGCUUAGCCUAGAAGUGGAAGUGAUGGCGAUAACUCUAGAGAUGCUAGUUAAAAUCAUUAGAGGAGAAAAAGAUCAAGUAUUCUGUUGUUCUAAAUUUAGAAAAAUAUAUGAAAGAAGAAUAAAAAAAUUUUAAAGAUUCAUUAUAAUCCUAGAUUAUUUUGAAUGUAGGGUAUACAAAGAGUACUUACACAAAUAAAAUUUAGAAUUUAGUAAAGAAAGAAAACAAUGGUUAAUUAAUAGUAACAACAAAAGCAAGAUAAUCGUAUUGAAAUAUUUUGAUUCAUUUUUAGAAGGAGUUAGUAGAAAUUGGAGAGAAAAAAUGAAUAGCAAGUGUUAUUAAAUCUUUCACAUAGUGAUUAAUCUUCAUCAGAAAAUCCUGAUUCCCUUAAUGAUGGAAACCUAGAUCCUAGUCGUUUAAAAUAAGUGAGAAACAGAGAAUCAGCUAGAAAUUCUAGAGCUAGAAAAAAAAUAUAUUUUGAAUUAUUAGAAACUAGGGUUCAAGAAUUAUAAGAUGAAAAUGAUAAAUUGAGGGAAUAAUGCAAUAAUUUAUCAAAAUCUAUUGAAAAUUAUAAUAAAUAACAGGAUAAAGUAAGUUAUUAUAUAAAUGUAUAAGUUUUCUCAAUUUUUGGAAUAAUAAUAAAAAUUAUUUGAAAGAUUAGAAGUUUGCAUAAAUCAAGGAAAAGAUGCUACAGAGAUUGAAAUAUUGUUAGAUGCAUUAAAAUAUAGAACAUCUUCAAAUAAGUAAGAAAGGAUAGAUGCUGCAAAGUCAUACUCAUAUUCAAUAUUGGAUGUUUGUUUGCCAUUAUAGACAAAAUAUUUGUUUAGUAUUUUAGAUGAUAAAGAUUUUUUUUCUUAAAAUUCUAGGUAAAUAUAUAUAUUUAUAUAUAUUUUAUUGAAGAAAUUACACAGAUUAUUUGAGAGAUAUUUUUAAGAAAAUGGACACAAAGAGUGAUGAUUUCGGAAAUAAUAAUGAGAAAAUCAAACAGAAAUUGGGAGUAGCCAAAUAAAAUAUGUUAGAGUAAUAAUUUUAAUUGAUAUUCUAAAAAAGUUCUUAUAAAAAGAUUAAAUAGGAGAUUAAAUUAAUACAGAGUGAAGCUAGUAAAGUUGAUUUGUUAUGGGAAUAAUUGAAAGAGAAAUUAUAACCCUAGAUAUUAGCAUAAUGUUUAUUGGCUCUUCAUAAGGUAUGGAUAAGAAGUAUAUAUAGAAUGAAUUCAGAGCAGAGUUUUAAGCAUCAACUAUAUUUAAGAAACAUAAAGAUAAAAAAGAAUUAGGAGGGAUGAUAUUAGAAUAAUAAUCAUUGUAACGUAAAUAAGUAAAAAAAUGUAAUUGA